AAAUAGGCAGCGGCGUGGAGUUGGAGGUGAGGGGAAGCCAGGUUGGCUGAGCGAUGGCAGAGCAAGAAGACGGCCUGUCUCUUAGCUUGCUACUCUUUCUUUCUUUGGCUUAUUCUUCUUCCAUUUACAACUUUUAUAUACAAAAUACAUACAGAGUCGUCUCUGUUGCUGUGAUGUUGUCCUGCUUCAACUCCCCUUUGCCUUGCCAGUCUGUCAUCUCUCCCGCAUUCUCCCCAACCACUCACCCACCCACCCACCACCCUCAAACACAAAUAUAUGAACACCCUUUCCUUCUGCAACAUAUAUGCGUAUGUGUACAAGCUCGACAAACCCUUUGAUCCUCAAUCAUGAGUCUUCUUGGCCUUGCAAGCAGAAACCAGAAGACAUUUCAUCCUAAGAAGAGUGUUCCACCAGGAAACAAGGGUGAACUACUCCAGAAACAUAUUGAUGCCACCUUGGGGAGUGGCAAUUUGAGGGAAGCAGUGCUGCUGCCAGCAGGGGAAGAUCUUAAUGAGUGGUUGGCUGUAAAUACUGUUGACUUCUUUAACCAGGUGAAUAUAUUGUAUGGCACUCUCACUGAGUUCUGCACCCCAUCAAGUUGUCCAAUGAUGACUGCAGGACCAAAGUACGAGUGCCUUUGGGCAGAUGGAGUGACUAUAAAGAAACCCAUAAAAGUUUCUGCUCCAAAAUAUGUUGAUUAUUUGAUGGAUUGGAUUGAAAAACAGCUGGAUGAUGAAUCAAUAUUUCCCCAAAAGUUCGGUGCUCCAUUUCCACCAAACUUUGAGGACGUCGUGAAGACGAUAGUUAAGAGACUGUUCCGUGUGUAUGCUCAUAUCUACCACUCGCAUUUCCAGAAGAUCAUUGGUUUGAAGGAAGAAGCUCAUCUUAAUACUUGCUUCAAACAUUUUGUUAUGUUCUCAUGGGAGUUUCACUUGAUUGACAAGAAUGGAGUUGCACCUCUGUACGAGAUUGUUGAAUCCAUUUUGCAGUUGUAGGGUAGAAUCCUGCUAAUUUUCAUUCCAUUCCAUUCCAUUCAUUUUUAUAAUUCUUUGAUUAGCUUCUCUGUAAAUAGAAUGAUCUGAAAUUCAUGCUUUCUACA